AUGGCGGAGUACGAUUUGACCACGCGUUUGGGGGAAUAUUUAGAUCGCCAUUUGGUGUUUCCUUUACUGGAAUUUUUGUCAGUAAAAGAGCUGUACGAUGACAAAGAGAUGUUGAAAGGCAAACUUGAUCUUUUAAGUAACACUAAUAUGGUGGAUUUUGCCAUGGAUGUUCACCAGAACUUGUAUCCAGAUCAACAAGUUCCACCAGUAUUAAAAGAUAAGCGUGGUAAAGUUGUAAAUGAAUUAAAAACAUUACAAGCUGAAACAGAUGUUAUUACUAAAAUAUUUGAAGAUCCUGAAGUUACAAGAACCAUUCAAAACAGAGAUGGUAGACAAUUAUGUGACUUUUUAUACCAAGAAAAGGGUUUUAAGCCUGAGAUGGUAGAAACAUUAUAUAAUUAUGCUAAAUUUCAAUAUGAAUGUGGUAAUUAUUCUGGAGCUGCUGAGUACCUUUAUUUUGUUAGAGCUCUUGUAACACCAAAUGAUAAGAAUUUUAUGAAUGCUUUAUGGGGAAAGUUAGCAUCAGAAAUAUUGAUGCAGAAUUGGGAUGUAGCAUUAGAAGAUUUGAACAGAUUAAAAGAUAUCAUAGAUCAUAAUACUUUUGCUGGAGACUUACAGUUAUUACAACAGAGAACUUGGUUGAUACAUUGGAGUUUAUUUGUCUUUUUUAAUCAUGCUAAAGGAAGAGAUACAAUAAUAGAAAUGUUUCUAUAUGAACAGAGUUAUUUAAAUGCCAUACAGACAAUGUGUCCCCAUAUAUUACGGUAUUUAACUACAGCAGUAGUUACUAAUAAAGGUAGAUGGAGACAAUGCAUGAAGGAUUUAGUCAAAAUAAUUCAACACGAAUCCUACACAUAUAAAGAUCCCAUUACAGAAUUUAUUGAAUGUCUGUAUGUACAUUUUGAUUUUGAUGGUGCACAGAAAAAACUUAGAGACUGUGAAACUGUUUUAAGUAAUGAUUUCUUCUUGGUGGCCUGUUUAGAUGAUUUUAUAGAAAACGCCCGGUUGUUAAUUUUUGAAACGUUUUGUAGAAUACAUGAGUGUAUUAGUAUUGGAAUGUUAGCUGAGAAAUUAAACAUGUCACCAGAUGAUGCUGAGAAAUGGAUUGUUAAUUUAAUCCGGAAUGCCAGAUUAGAUGCUAAAAUAGAUUCUAAAUUGGGUCAUGUUGUAAUGGGAACUCAAGCUGUUUCACCAUAUCAACAAAUUAUUGAGAAAACUAAAAACCUUGCCUUCAGAUCACAGGUUAUAGCACAAAAUGUGGAGAAAAAACUUGGUCAUAGUAAACAAGAUGUUGUAAGUAUUUAA